CAUUCUUUCUUUCGCGGCGCGAUGGCAAUGGCGAUGGAGGAGGAGGCGUCGCGGCACAAUGUGGUGCUGGUGAUGGAUUUUGGAUCGCAGUACACGCAUCUCAUCACGCGCCGCGUCCGCCAGCUAGGUGUGUGCUCCUUCUGCCUCUCCGCCGGCGCAUCGCUCGACGCCAUCGCCAAGCUCACGCCCUCGAUCGUAAUCCUCUCCGGUGGACCGCAUUCCGUCCACGAGCCAGGCGCUCCCACCGUGCCCGAUGGAUUCUUUGAUUACGUGAGGGAGAAGAAGGUCUUGGUGCUGGGGAUUUGCUAUGGGCUCCAGCUGAUCGUCAAGGAACUCGGGGGAGUGGUCAAGCCCGCCGAUAGCCAGGAGUAUGGGAGCACGGAAAUUCGUGCUAGUCUGGGAUCUAAGCUCUACGGGGACGAUCCAGAGAUGAUGACGCAGGCGGUGUGGAUGAGCCAUGGUGACGAAGCUGUGACGCUUCCUCCGGGAUUUAACGUGGUGGCAAAGAGUGUCCAGGGAACUAUCACGGCGAUCGAAAACACCGAUCUGGGAAUUUUUGGAUUGCAGUAUCAUCCCGAGGUUACUCAUACACCCAAGGGAAUCCAGACUCUACGACGCAUUCUCUUCGACAUUGGUGGCGUGGUGGACGACUGGAAACUCCAGGACCUUUUGGAAGAACAGAUCGAGCUGAUCAAAUCGGCAGUAGGACCCAACGAGCACGCAAUCUGUGCUCUGUCCGGAGGGGUGGAUUCCACCGUCGCAGCGACGCUCGUACACAAAGCUCUUGGAGAUCGCCUCCACUGCGUCUUCGUGGACAAUGGCCUUCUCAGAUAUAAAGAGCAAGAGCGAGUAAUGGAAACCUUCAAGCGUGAGUUACACCUCCCUGUUGUCUGCGUGGACGCAAGCACGGAUUUUCUUUCACGUCUGCGUGGCGUCACCGAUCCAGAGCAGAAGCGCAAGAUCAUCGGAGCACAGUUUAUCUCCGUGUUUGACAAGUUUGCUUGCCACCUCGAGGAAGAACUCGGCAAGACGGCAACCUUUUUGGUCCAGGGAACGCUCUACCCCGACGUGAUCGAGUCGUGUCCGCCGCCUGGAAGUGGAAAGGGUCACUCGCACACGAUCAAAAGUCACCAUAACGUUGGAGGCCUCCCUGCAGUGAUGAAGUUGAAGCUCUUGGAGCCGCUAAAAUGGCUCUUCAAGGACGAGGUGAGGAAGCUUGGAAAACUACUUGGAGUUCCAGAGAGCUUUCUAAAGAGGCAUCCUUUUCCUGGCCCCGGCUUGGCUGUGCGUAUCCUUGGAGAAGUCACGGAAAGCCACUUGGAGAUGCUGAGACAGGCGGACGAGAUCUUCGUGAACAGUAUAAAAGAGGCCGGUCUUUACGACGAGAUCUGGCAAGCUUUCGCUGUUCUGAUUCCCGUCAAGACCGUGGGAGUCCAAGGAGACAGGAGGACGCAUGCCUAUCCCGUCAUCUUGAGAGCCAUAACGAGCGAAGAUGGCAUGACUGCUGACACGUAUGAAUUCAAGAACAAGUUUGUGAAAGACGUCACUGGAAAGAUUUGCAACACUGUUAGAGGAGUCAAUCGUGUGGCUUAUGAUUUCACUUCGAAACCUCCCGCUACUGUCGAGUGGGAGUAAACGAAAUUCUUAACUUUUUCCCACAAACGCUGGAAAGAAACAUACAUUCUUAGCUACCUGUGAAGAACAAUACGAUCUUAAAAAAGAAACUCUACCUGGAGAA